AUGCGCUCGUCAGUAACCUCUUCCUCACCCAGAGGUUACCCCGGCCUCGUGGGCCAGCGCAUUUCAACCCCAAAUCUCUUGCCUGUAUCGCACACUCCCAGCCAUCCCUCAACACUUACCCGAGUCCCGGCCUCUCCAGCCUCCUCUUCUGCCGGAAACCGUGAAUCGCACGUGCGCAUCGGUGAGCUUUGCCGCCACGUGAAGGACCUUGAGGACCGCCUGGAGGCCAUAGCCAAGGAGCACGCCACGAUCCAGAAUUGGCUGCUCGCGCAAUUGAUUGCUCAAAACGGCCUGGAAUCGAUUCCUCUCCCUGAUGUCUCUGCCGGAGACUCCAGAUUGGACGCCUGCUUGAAGCGUAUUGUGGAGCUGGAAAAGGAGGUGGAGGCCAGUCGGAAGGCGCGUGAGGCCCGCCAAAACGACGAAGACUUCAUGACGUUUGAGGAUGAAGAGAAUUUGGACGCCGAAUUCCUCUCUCUUUCCUGUGCCUUUCUCGUCGGACCUGUGGAGCGUGAGUUUGGAGAAGGCAGGAAGUAUUGUCUCGAGCUGGAGCUUGGUAUGGCGAGGAACGAAAAACGUGCUUUUGGAGUGUUUGAAAGCUGGGGUGCAUACCUGCGGUUCCAUGGCUGCUGCCGUCCUGGCCGUCGAAUCAAGGGUUGGGUGAGUUAUAGGCAGAUCAUGUUUGGUUCUUCAUGGGGAUGGGGACCAGGGUUAAGGAAUGCGACUUUUUGA